AUGUUGGUUACAAAACCAGCGGCUGAGCUAUGCUCUCUGCUAAUUGACGAGCUCCAUGGCGAACUGCCCUCGAGGAUAUUCUCGACACUCUUGAAUAAGGGCAGAUCGACCCUGCCCCAACUCGCGCAGUACACGGCGAUGACACCACGCCAGCUCCGCCAUGGAAUCGCCGUCCUGAUCCAACACAACCUACUGUACUACCAUCUCGAGCCCGGCUCCGAACUCGCUUUUUAUGAGGCCAACAUUGAUCAUGCAUACAACCUGAUCCGUACUGGCAAGAUCCUCGAGAUGGUCGAUACCUCAUUCGGUGCCCCAGCAAAGGAUGUUGUACAAAACCUCCUCCUCUCUGGUCAAACGCGCAUCUCAGACUUGAUCGCUGCCUACCAAGGCAAGAUGGAUCAAGUCAACAAAGCCACGGCCCAUGCCGCUUCAGAUGACCCGUUUGGUCCCGAAACGAACGGUGUCAACGGUGACUCCUCCCCCAAAAAGCCCGGGCUUCCCGUCAAGAGCACCGCCCAGCUGAACUCGGUCAUUUGCCGGCUGGUAGAAGCUCAGUUAAUCGACGUCGUCCACACAAAAACCUUUGAAAGUCCCCAGGAUAUCUUAAAGACUGUCGAGAAGGAGGUCAUUGACAAGCAUUUUCGUGGAGGGGUCAAAGGAACCAAGGCAAAGGCCGAGCUGGAGUCGUUGGUCGCCGAGGGCCUUCGCAAGGUCCGCGACGAGUCAAAAUCACUGAAGCGCAAACUGGAGCAAAAUGGCGCAGCCUCUAAAAGACGAAAGCUAUUUGCCGGAGCGGGCACGGCGAACGGUGGUCUGGAUGAAGAAGUCGACCCGCUCCUUGAUCCCAAACAAGUUAUUCGAAUAAACUACGAAAAGUGCCUAGUCGAUCUGCGGAAUCGUCGGCUGGUCCAGUUUGCAACCGACGUGUUUGGCGAGACGACGGCUUAUGUCUACGGCAUUCUCUUGAAGCUGCUUACGAAGGACCUCGCCCGCUGCCGACCGGAUCCGGUUAUGGAUUCCAGAAAAGACGACGAUGAUAGGCAAGGAAUAAGCUCUGUCUCGACGGCGCAGAUCUUGGACAACCUCAAGACUUCCGUCGACCUAUCUUUGGGGAUGGGAAAGGCGGACCGCCAACAAAUCUCCUCCAGGGCCGCAAACAAGGUCCAUGAAAAUCCUCCCAAAAAGAAGACAUUGAUUGAAGAGGCAGAGGUGGUUGGCGACGCAAGCGCGGACGAAGAUGAAGACGGAGGGUCUAACGACGAAUCAGACUAUGACUCAGACUACAAACCGUCAGCGAACGGGACGAAUGGCACAAACGGCGUGAACGGUCUGAAUGGAACCAACGGUGCAAAGGUCAAAUUUGAUGAUUCAGCAGCCAACAAAGACCGCCGGUUAGAUCGCCCAACGCAACUUCGGCAACACCUCCUUCUGUUGGCAGAGAGCCCUCAGCGCUUCGUACGGCAUUGUGGGCAGGAAGACUGGACGGUGGACUUUGAACCCCUGAUGGGUGCCUUGCGUGAGGCUGAACUCGACUGGAUGAUCGAGAACACGUCGGGCCAGCAAGGGCUCCGCCUGGUGCGGAUCCUCCGCGCCAAGGGCAAGCUGGAUGAGAAGGCGCUGCCAAACGUGGCGCUCAUGCGCAAGUCUGAGCUGCAGCAAAAGAUGCUGGAGAUGCAGACGGCGGGCUUUGUGCACGUGCAGGAAGUUCCCAGGGACGUCAAGGCCGACGUCAAGAAGUCUUUUUUCUUGUGGUACUGCGACGUGAACAGGUCGCUCGACCGGCUGCUUGAUACGAGCUACAAGAGCAUGAUACACUGCAUCCAGGUGCUCGACUUGCUGCGCGAGAAGGAAAAGGACGUGCUGGCGACGACCAAGCGGACCGAUGUUAGGGGCCGGGAAAAGGAUACCAUGCGUAAGGAGUACUACGAGAGGUAUUCGAGGUUUCUGGAGAACGAGCGGCAGCUGUUUUCGCAGGUCAUGAGGCUUGAUGACCUCGUUUCGGUUCUCAGGGAUUUUUAG